AUGGCCAACUGGAAGAUGCUCAGUGGCGAGAAAAACUGGGAGGGUCUGUUGGAACCUCUGAACAGCCAUCUGGGAAACUAUGUAAAACUCUAUGGUGAAAGAGUUCAAGUUAUUUAUGACUCGGUUAACUUAGAAGAUAAAACACGUCCAGCUUAUGCAAAAGAAGAUUUAUUUUCUGAAGCUGCCAUGGAAACAGACAGAUUUGGGAAAUUAUACACUGUGACUGACUAUAUCUUUGCAAACUCAGACGUUGCUUCCUUGAUCGACUGGAUGGAGGAGGACCAAUCUGCGUGGUUUGGGUAUGUUGCUGUCGCCACAGAUGAAGGAAAGAAAUUGUUAGGAAGAAGAGACAUUUUGGUUUGCUGGAGAGGAACUCUUUUUCGGGCUGAGUGGCGCAAGAAUGCUCAAUUCAAUCAAGCGUCAGCUUCUGAGAUUUUUGGGAAAAGCCAUGAUCCACGAGCGCACAGAGGCUUUCUCUCAAUCUACACAUCGCCAAACACUGAACCCGCCUCCAGUAAAUUGAGUGCCAGAGACCAGGUUAGCACACUAACGAUAACUUUACAUUAA